AUGGAUGUUCGCGAGCGUCUGAGGAUGCUCCUCGAAGGAGACCCGGGUCUCAAAGAUCUGAAUACCGAGUUGAACCAGGCCCAAGCCGCCCGACCUGCCCCAGCUGCGGAUGGAGCCGACCCUGCCGAGUCCGACAAAGCUGAUCAAGGCGUAAGUGACUACGCUCUCCCAGUUGAUUUUAAGCCGGAAGAUGGCAUGAAGUACCCCGCAGGUGGUCAAUUCCCUUUGUCGUACAUUCGUACCCAUGUGGUUGGACAGCUACCUGAGCCGGAAGACAAGCUUUUGACUCAGAUCAAGCAGGAUGGCCGCCACCGCCAUACUCCGAAGAUGCGCCUUGAUCUCUCUGGCUUGCUCAAAUAUGAGCGUGGUGACGGCGAUAUUUUUGACACGGAUUCCGACGAGGAGCUGGUCACUGCGAUCCCAGUUUCCAAGUCGUUCACUCCGGCCGUCGCAAUGGCCCGCUUCCCUUUCAGAUACCUCCAUGGAGAGAAUGCCAAGAAAGUUAAUGAGCGGUUUUAUGAGGGCGAUAAGUUCUGGAACCGAACUUGGGACCUGUAUUCUCUGUCUGUUCCACGGUUUAUCUCCCAAACCACGUUUCUUUUGAUUCCCACUUUCCAAGCUCAAGCACUGCUCGAUGAAAUCAAUUCGGCCCUGGACCUCAAUUUGACUCUCACGGGCGUUGGCAAAGAAGGCCUCGUUAUUCAAAUCGACAAUGAAAAACUGCCGGCACCUGUGUACCUUGGCCGCAGCAGCACUCGUGAUCGGAAGAUGAAGUUGGAGAGUAAGGUUCCCUCGCCUUUGGAGAACUGGGGACCCUGGGUACAGCUGGUUGAGCCUCAUGUUUUCGAGGAAUUUGAAAAGAAAAUCAAGCAGUCCAUCGCCACAGUCAAGACCAAGAAGAACACCCACAAGCAGGCGGCCCGAGAUGCCCGAAUGAAGAAGUGGCAGGAGUGCCUAGGUCGUGUGCAAGCCUACUUUGGGCUGCGUCCUGCAUUGCAGCCGAAUGUUCCACAGCCGUCGUUUGCCAAUGGUCAGAUCCAAGCGAUUGAUGCUUUGCAACCUGUCAAUUGGGCCUUUCAAAAUGCCCCCAUUUUCAUCAGCAUUGAUCUCGAGUGGAUGGACCGUUACGGCGCUAUGGGCUCCCUGACUGAGGUCGGAAUUUCUACCCUGGAUAUGUUGGACUUGGAUGGUGUGGCUCCUGGUGAUUAUGGAGAGAAGUGGUUGAAACUAAUUCGAUCCCGCCACCUGCGUGUGAAGGAGUACCGAAACUGGGUCAACAACACUCACACUUCUGGAUGUCCUGGUAGCUUCCGAUUCGGCGAGAGUGAGCUAAUUCCACACGCCCAAAUUCCAAACGUUGUGGACACUGCAUUUUAUCCCCCAUACAUGGUUCCCCCGAAGGAAGAAAAGAUCCCCGCAUACCAGGUUCAGUCUAAGGGAGAAAAUAAGAUCGCCUCACACAAGAAUCGGAAGCGCACUGUGAUCUUGGUUGGUCUCGACCUCCAUGGUGACAUCAUGCAACUCCAGAGAGCGAAAAGCCAGAUUUUUGUCAAUCUACACGAACCCUCUUCGGUCAUUCAUGAGACGAUCGACGUGGCAGAGCUGUACUGUGCUGCUACUGGGGAGACCCAGCCACGAGGUCUUCAAGCACUGCUAGGCUUGCUGAAUAUUUUGAGUCCCGACUUGCACAAUGCCGGAAAUGAUGCAUACUACACCUUGCACGCUCUUAUUCGAUUGAUGCUGAGAGUAGCUGGGGAGAAGCCGUGGGGAUACGAAAGCGCUGAAGUUGGUGACAAGGAGCUUAACGUUAAGUCCAGCGACGAACGUAAGGAUAAGCUCCCGGUCACGGUCGAUCCCAAGGAUGAACGUAAGGAUAAGCGCGACGGUGCCACGUUUGAAUCCAUGGCUGCAAUGGGUGAAGGACCUUACGACGACACUGACGAAGUCCCCGUUUGGAGUCAUUAA